AAAACAAAUCGGAAACAAUGAAAAAGUUGGUGAGAAAGAAACAGUAACAUCUUUUACACCAAUCACACACAUAACGUAAUCAAAUAGAAGAAAAAACUUUUGCUACAAAACAUUCUUUCUUUUAAGAAGAGAGACGACCACGACCACCGUCGCCGGGAAAGUGACGUCACCAAUAAAAGUUGUCAAUGGGUGUCACAGAGCCUGCAGUUGAAGAGAGAGGAAACAGGGAAGAAGAAACAGAGGAGAAACAGAGAAGAGUAAAGCCUGUGGAGAAGGAGGAAGAAGAAUCAAAGGAUAAAGAACAUCACAGAUUCUUGACGAGUUUAAACAGAUUAAACCCAACAAACCCUCUUAGGAUCAUUGUCAACAAUGGCGGCGGCGCUAGAUUCACUACGCCGCCUCUCCACUCUUCUUCAAGAGUUCCUCCACCGACGCAGACGCCUCCCACUCGCACACAACCGCCGGCAGAGCCUCACCCUCCACCGUCUCCUUCUCCAUCAACACCGCCGCCUCAGCCUCAACAUCAAACUCGUUCCCUCUUCACACCAACCCCUCAACAAACUUUAGCAUCAUUGAACUCAACAAAGUACACAAACAAGUUCUUUCUCUUCCUCUUCAUACUUCACAAGGUUGUGGCUAUAGCCUUUGUUUGCUUCCUUGUCUUCAGAGGCGUAAAAGGUCUAAUAGGCUCCAACGGUAGCGUCAAAAGAAAAGAGCAACGGAUUCUCAAGUUUCUACUUCCACAAGUCGAAGCUGCGUCAUUGCUUAGCAUCGUACUCGCGUUCUCCUGGCAAAUGGCGUUUCGGCUUUGGCCUGACUUUAUGAUCCAUUUCAUUCUUUGGAGUACGUUCUUGAUGUCUUUAUCCUCAGGGAUACUCUUACUGUGUUUCCAGAUGCCAGCAACUGAUGCUGUGGGCGUUUGUCUCAUUGCAUUCUCCAUUGGGAAUGGUUUAUAUGCUUGUUGGGUCACUCGCAGGAUCAAGUUCUGUUCCAAGAUAUUGGUUAAGUCUUUAGAACCUGUUUCCAAGUUCUCUGAUCUGAACUUACCAACUUACUACAUGUUAGCUGCUGGCUUCUUGUGGAUGUCACUAUGGAUCUUUGGUGUCAUUGGUGCCUUGAACUUCCCUUUUCCUUCGUUAGUGAUUAUUGCUUUGGUGUUAAGCUUGGCUUGGACGACGGAGGUUAUGAGGAAUGUUGUUAACUUAACUGUGAGUAGAGUCAUUGCUCUGUUCUAUCUUAGAGGGAUGCAGUCUAGUACAAGGUUUAGUUUCCAAAGGUCCUUGUCUCGUAACCUAGGGAGUGCAUGUUUGGGAUCUUUGUUUGUUCCAACGAUUGAAGCUUUGAGAAUAUUGGCAAGAGGGUUGAAUUUGCUUAAGGGUGAAGAUGAGUUCAUGUUUUGCUGCGCUAAUUGCUGUCUCAAUCUCAUGACCUUCAUAUUUGAGCAUGGCAAUAGCUGGGCCUUUGUGCAGAUAGCUGCGUAUGGGAAGGGAUUUGUGAGAGCGUCACAAGACACAUGGAAACUGUUUGAGGAUGCAGACAUGGUUGAGAUAGUAGAUGCAGACAUAACAAGCUCUAUCUGUUUCCUCACAGGCAUUUGUAGUGGCUGUGUCUGUGUUAUUAUGGCGGCGGCUUGGACACACACAGUUUACAAACCUUUUACAGCCACCAUCUCCUUACUUGCCUUCUUCAUUGGAUACCUCAUGACGAGAAUCUCAAUGGCAUUGCCUCACGCCUGCGUAAGCUGCUACUAUGCAUGCUACGCUGAGAAUUCAGAAAACAGAUUCUUCGACAAAACUAUAAGAGAUAGACAAGCUUUGAUCAAGAAUGGCCGUGUUGUUGUCCCUACUACCCCUAGAGUCCGCCGUGCAGUAGCCUAGCCCAGCCCAGCCCUGGCUGCUUAAUCUCUUUUUUUAUUUUUUUCUCCUUCCUGCAUGAUUGAAAUGGCUAGGUUUAAAUUCUUCAGAAAUCAAAUAAAUAGUUUUUUAAAAUAAAAAUUGUAUUUAAAAAGCUUGAAAAUUAAGUUAGUUACAGUAAGAGUGAAGUGUCAAUGACUCACACUGUUAGUGGAUAGAUAGACAAGAAGAGCUCAAUGACAUGGACACAAUCCAACUAAUGUGCCAAAAUGUUUUUUCUACUUUCUUGAUGGUUGUUGGGACCCCUCGAUUACUUUCUGUACAUAUUUUAUUUCUUCAUUAUAUUUUUCGCUCUGUAAAAGGGAAUAUUCCUUUCUUGAUUUUGGAAAGUAGUUGAUUUUUGUAAGUGCAUGGUUGGUAGAUCCAUAGAACCUUUAAUAAAUUAUUUCGCUCACAGUUAUUUUGCCAGCGAAGAAGCGAGUUUUCA